CGACUAUAAAAAUCACCAAAAAUUCAACAGAGGUAUCAGUUGAUCGACAAAAUUCGACUCAUAAACACAAUUAACACAAUGGCUUUCAAACUUGUUGUCCUGUGCGCCGCUCUGGCUUACGCAAACGCUGGACUUAUCCCAGCUGCCUCUCCAGCCACAGCAGUUAGUCAUGCUUACAUCUCUCAGCCUACCUUAGCUGUAGCUCAUGCUGCUCCUGUGGCCAUUCACGAUCCAGCUAUCGCAACCAGCCAACACAACGUCUACAGAUCUCUUGGAGGCAAUGCUGCCAUCUCCACCUACAGCAAAGCUCUCGACAGUGCCUUCUCCAGCGUACGCAAAUAUGACACUAGAGUGACCAACGACGCCACUCCUGUUUACGCUGUAGCUCAUGCUGCUCCAGUCGCCACUUACGCACAUGUUGCCCCAGUAGCCACUUACGCACAUGCUGCUCCAGUAGCCACUUACACUCACUCUCCCUCAAUUGCAACAUAUGCUGCUCCUCAUCAAGUGGUUGCCAAAACCGCCAUAGCUUACUCACCAUCUGUGGAAGUUUCCCACAUGACGUUUUCCGGACUUGGUGUAAACUACGCUUGGUGAAUGAGAAAAAUGCAUACAUGAAAUUAUUUAUUGAACCUAUUUAUUGAAAUAAAUUAUUUUAUCAUA